CCCUCAUUCUAAAUAUCGGAAGAGGAAGCGAUACAGUACCUGGAUUUUUUUAAAUCAAUCAUUUAUGCACUUACUUUAUUAUUGUUAUCAGUGAACUUAAUAAAUUAGGAAUGAUAAAUACUAAUGACUAUUUUGGGUUCGUGAUAAUUUAAUUGUGCAUUAUAAUAUUUUUAAGUAAAACUCUUUAGAGUAUUAUUUUUCUUUACAUGCUAUAGUUGUACUCAUGGCCAUGAGAACUCGGUUACGUACUAUAGGUGAUAUUCAUUUGUUGAAAAUGGAGGCGUGAUGGAGGUGUAGUUGUCGCAGGACUAGGAUUUUCAAGUUUGCGGUUGUGAAGAUUUCCACGUUCAGCAUGGCAGGUAACAAGGUGAAUACCAAAACAAAAGCUAAAGAAGAUAGAAAUAAAGCUAGUGCUAAGAAUAUUGGUCAAAGUAGUGAAGAAACAGAAGAAACAGACUUUGCUUUGCUUAGAAAACCUAUACCUACUAGUAUAACAGGGUUUGGCCAAGCAAGGAAGAUAUUUGACUUGGCUACUGAAGAACUCAAAGACUUAUUAUCAAAUGAGUGUGAUUUACUAUAUGAAUGCAAAGUUUGUCGAAAUAUAUUUAGGAGCUUAGCAAAUUUCAUAUCUCAUAAACGUGUUUAUUGUAAGGAGAAGUUUAGUUCUUCGUUGCAUAGCCAUUUUAUCAAUGCUACUUCAACGUAUACUGAAUUGUUGAAAAUAAAACAUUUGGAGCAAGGAUAUCAGGCUUCUUUGAAGGAGAAUGUUGAGAAUGAUGAUAAGGAAACUGAUGAUGCUGAUGACAGAGUACCGUUAACUAAGGAUUUGACAGCAAUAGUGGAAAAAAUUGCCAAAAACAAAGGAGUGUAUCAAAAUAAUAAUGAGGAACCUGAAAUUGCAUUGCAAAAGAUACCAAAUAGUUCUGUGGCUGUUUUUCAAAGUGUUCAGUCUUCGGAGGAUAAACAAAAUGAAAAUAUGAAAGCGCAAGUGAAUGAACUAGACAAUAUUCUGUCAAGGGACAUUGCUGUUCUGCAAAGUGAUGGCAACUUCAAAGUGAAGAGUACAGUGACGGAAGAAUCUGAUAAUGUCAUACAAAUAAGUGAUGAUGAAGACAACAGUGAUAUUACUAAUAUACUUAAAUGUAAAAUCUGUGACAUGCAGUUCUCCACUCAAAAGACUUUGAAGUUCCAUAUGAAGUACAAACAUGUUGAAACUCGUCUCGUGUAUCCAUGCCCAGACUGUUUGGAAAUUUUCUCCACAUCUUGGAGUGUCUAUAGGCAUCUCUUCAAGGUUCAUAGAAAAACUGCUGCACAAAUUAGAAGGCUGAGGGAAUCGAUACAAGCGAAGGCGUUCAAAAUGAAUAAUCCACCUGCUUUCUAUGAAAAGCGUAAGAAUAAUAUGAAGGCUACGGCUCAGAAAAUUUCUGAAGAGGAAAGAUUGGAACAGGAGAACCAGGCGUGGAUGGACGGUAUGGAGUGCGACGGCGAGGUCCCGCGGUGCGGCGGCUGCGGGCGGACGUUCGAGCGGCGCGCCGCGCUGGCCGCGCACACACACACCUGCCAGCCGCGCUCGCGGGCUCUCUCGCGCCGGCCCCACGAGACCAAGAAGAUCGAAAUACAGAUCCGCAAAGACUACCACAAGGGACCGCCCGUUAAUUUGAACUUGCCUAUCAAAAUUACUGAUGCUAACGAAAACAAAAUCACCAAGGAGGAGCCGCAAGCCGUAUCAAAACCACAAAAAGAAGAAGAAAAACAAAUUGUGAUCGAAGACAAAGAAGGUGACGAAGAGAAGGAUGAAGAUGAUGACAAGGAAGUAGAAGAAGCGCCAAUGGACGUUAGUGAUGAGGAUAGCAAGUCCAAUGACGCAACAGAAUCUCCAGAAAAAGUGCCUGAAAAACGACAAAUAGAUCCACCAAAACUCAAUAUAAGAUUGCCCUUCGCUCAUCAAGCAGAAAAAGGCAACCUAGCAGCCUUCAGACAAAGAAUACAAACAGAAAUAGAAAUAACCAAAAUGUUAUGUAAGAGAUGCGACACCCAAUUUAGUGAAACACAAGAGUUGUACGAUCAUGUGGCGGAACACGUGAAAUGGAUGCGGUAUGCUUGCAAGCUGUGUAACUUCAAGCAUUACUACUUUGAAAAGUUACCUGAACAUGUAAAAGUUGUUCAUAAACUGAAAGGUGAUAAAGACUUUUAUUAUAGUACUGUGAAAGCCAUUGAUGGUCCUGAAGCUUUGGAACUGUGUGAGUCGCCGGAGGAAGUACCUGAUGCGGCUGAAACAAGUCCUGAGUCUAGACGUCCUAGCCGAUGCUCCAGCGAUUCCAGUAGAUUAUCUGAUGAUAGUUCCUCAAGUAGCACUCGAGUAGAAGGAUUAAGUAGAAAGAGAAAAGUUUUCCAAAGCAAAACUAAUGCGAAAAAGAGAAAGGAAUAUAGUAAACCUAUACAAGAUAAAGAUGGUGAUUCUUCCAUGGACAAAAAUAUCAAUCUAGACAACUAUUCAUCUACAAGCAUCAAAAACUUUGAAGAGAAUUCUUCCGACUUGGAUGACAUUGAUGCUAAAAAGCAAUUGUCUAAUGAAAACGCGUCAUCUGUCGCCUCUAGAAGACCAGUUAGGAGAAAAACGAAACCGAAGAAUGCAGAUUUUGAAUAUGAUUUAUCAAAUUUACUUAAAAUGGAAGCACAAGGUUAUAGAGAUUCUAUCUCAAUGGCGACGGCCAAAUCAGGACAAUCCAAGAAAAAAGCUCAAGAAAUACAAAGUAACUAUGAUAAUCUUAACAAAGAAUGCUGUGGAGCACUAGUCACUUUGUCAAAGAAGUCUGUUGAAAGAGCAGGCGCACAUAUAAAAACAGAUUUCACUACUAUUUGCCCACAAAAAGAUACAAGACUUCCAAAUGUAUUUGUCAGACCAAUGUUACCUAAACUUAUUUCGAGAGGAGAUAAAAUAUCUCCUAAGAAGGAAAAUAACGAAGAUACGAAAGAAUCUCCUAGUCCAGUAAAAGAAGUGCCUGAAAAAGCUUCCCCAGCUAAAAAUGUUCCUGUUGAAGAAGUAUCUAAAACUAAAGAUAAAGAAGUUGAUUCAAAGCCUGAAGUAGUUGAUUCAAAGCCUGAAGUAGUUGAUUCCAAGCCUGAAGUAGCUGAUUCAAAGCCUGAAGUAGUUGAAACUGCAGUUCCAAGUGCAGUUUCCUCUAAAGAACAAAGUACCGUUAAACCUGUUAUUCCUGAAAUAAUUAAAUCGAAAAGUCUUCCAUCAGUUGUUCCUUUCAAGUUUCGUCGUCAGAGUUUAGAAGUUAUGAAAAAUCCAAUUAUCAAUAAAAAUAUUUCAGAUUUCACAAAGUCCGGAUUGAAAACUAAAAUACUAGUCAUCAAGCCAAUUAACAGAAAUAAAGAUGGGACACAAGCGUUGUCUUCUCCACUUAAGUUCCAAACAAUAAAACUGAAAGAUCCAAAUAAAAGGAAUUCUAGUGACGACCAAGAUCAGGUAGUCGUUGUUAAAGUUCCUAAAGUGGAAUGCGCUAUAGCUCGACCAAUUAGUGAAGUACCCAAUAAAAAUCACGAAACAGCUUCUCCGGCGUCUUCCGAGACACCAGUGGAAACCUCAACAACAACAGCAACAACAACACCGACUGAAAAUUCUAAAUCAUUAACACCUGAAGAUGUAAAUGAUACGUCUGCUACUGCUGUAUCAGAUACUAACGUAGAGAAAAAAGAACCCACCGAUGUUGAAGAAUGCAUUUCAUUAGAUAAUGAUAAUGACACUAUGGAUUCGAAAUCUGAAGACAGACUUCUUGCUGACGAUGAUGAUGAUAUUAUCGAAGAAGAAAGCAUUGACGAAUCUGUAAUAAAUAAGGAAACAACUCCAGAAAUUAUUGACACAACUGUAUUAUAAAAUUUGUAAGAAAUGACGGAAACAUUUAUUUUAGUUUAUGCUUUAAAGCACUUUUAGUUUACGUUUAAAUCAAUUAGAACCUACGCCCUUAGGUAGAAAUAACAAAUUAAAUAGCUAUUAAGAAAUAAA